GUCGAUCGCUGCCGGCGGGGCCCGGCCGGCACAGGUGCGGCUGUCAGUCAGCGCCGUUCCCCGGGAAUCCGGCUGCAGGGCUGGAGCGGCCCUCGCCUGUCAUCCAGCGGAGAGGCUGCGGGAGGGGAUUGCGGUGCGGAAAUGGCUGAGGCCCACAACCUCCAGGAAUUGCAGCCAAGUGCAUCCCUGGCCACCAAGGUCUUCAUCCAGCGGGACUACACCGAGGGAAUCCUCUGCCAGUUUCAGUCGAAGUUCCCUCCGGAGCUGGAGAGUCGGGUGGAAAGGCAUUACUUUGAGGAAACAGUGAAGACCUUGAACAAUUACUAUGCCGAAGCAGAGAAAAUCGGAGGGACGUCGUACUUUGAGGGGUGCAUGGCUUGUGUAACGGCCUAUGUGAUCUUCAUGUGCAUGGAGACUCGCUAUGAGAAGGUUUUGAAGAAGAUUUCCAAAUACAUCCAAGAUCAAAAUGAGAAGAUCUACGCCCCUCGAGGACUGUUGCUCACGGACCCCAUCGAACGAGGGCUGCGAGUUAUCGAGAUUGCGAUCUACGAGGACCGGUGCAGCAGCAGCGGCAGCAGCAGCAGCAGCAGUAGUUGCAGCGGGCAGUGACGGCGCGGCGCUGCGCCCUGGGUUGCGACGGCUCCGGCUUUGCUCCCUCGAGCGGACGGCCGUCUUCCCGCGACGACGGCGGUCACCAGAGUAUUGUGAACCAUCGCUGCGUUGCGGAGUUUAAUCCGGAGGGGUGGGGAGGUUAGGGAUUGGGGAGGGGAGGGGAGGGUGGGGAGAGUGCGAGGGGGAGCGUGUCGGUGACUCCUUAUGUUGAAGCCCAGAAUUGCGACGCCUGUCUCCUGCAAGAAUCUGCGGCGAGAAUUGCAUCGGGGGAGGGGGCACAGCGGGGGGGGGUGGACUAGUGCAACACCGAGUGGAACGAGGGUAGAGGGAGAGAUGGGGAGCGUCUGGGAGGGAGACCUCUGGCAUUUGAAUGCAGGGACACUAACAUAGGAGCGAUGGGGAGGGGGAGGGGAACAUUCAUGGGGGGGCUCUCAGCAUUAGGGGGGAUGGAGGGGGGAGGAGAGGGGGACAGGUCAGGUUCCAGAACACGGAUGAGAUAUUUUUGCCAUCUCAUUCUUUGCCCCGUGUGGGGGAAGGAGCUGCACAUGCGGGUUCAUACCGAAGACACGUAAAAUGUUGGAGUAACCCAGCGGGUCAGGCAGCAUCUCUGGAGAACACAGGUAGGUGACGUUUUGGGUCGGAAGAAGGGUCCCGACCUGAAACGUCACCUGUUCCUUUUCUCCAGCGAUGCUGCCUGACCCGCUGAGCUACUCCAGCACUUUGUGUCUGCCCAGCUAUGCUGCUUCCUGAAGGACUGUUGAGAAACAGCUCACAGUCUCGCUCAUGUGUUUGGCCGUUCUGUAAGGAGAUAAUAAUGAUUCCUGUCAUACGGUCCCAAUGCGGUCGCCUUUCCAGCGCCAUAGAGACAUACAAAACGAAAAAGGCCAUUAUUCGGCCCACCUUGUCCGUGCCGACCAAGUUGCCAUAAUUGGGCUGGUUCCCAUUUAUAGGUUUGUAUUUAUUAUUGUCACGGGUACCAAGGUAGAGUGUUUUUGUACGCUAUCCAAUUAAAUCAGAUAAACCUUAUCCCUAACUCUACCCCAACCCUUCCUUUCCCCUCCCUAAACAGCCAACCAUGCCAUCUCUGGGUGCCCGCUCUACCACCCACCAAAUGGAGCUCAGGGCCCGGCAGACAUUGACGCAGAGACAACUACCUGGCUGCUCAACAC